CAACUUCAAGUAACAUUGGGCAGAAUCUUUACUCUUCAGACAACAUUUCUGGAGGACAUGGAUGGCUGAUCUCUGGGUCAGGCAGCAUCUCUGCGAAAUCGUUAACUGGAAAGGGUGCUGAGAAGAAUUACGAGGACGUUACCAGGACUCGAGGUGCCUGAGAUACAGGGAGAGGUUGGACAGGCUAGGACUUUAUUACCUAGAACACAGGAGGAUGAGGGGUGAUCUUAUAAGAGGUGUACAAAAUCAUGAGGAAUAGAACUGGUAGACGCACAGGGUCUCUUGCCCAGAGUAUGGGGGAAUUGAGGACCAGGGGGCAUAGGUUUAAGGUGAAGGGGGAAUUAUUUAAUAGGAAUCUGAGGGGUAACCUUUUCACACAAAGGGUGCUAGGUGCAUGGAACGAGCUGCCGGAGGAGGUAGUUAAAGGGUCUCGACCACGUAACGUCACCCAUACCUACUCUCCAGAGAUGCUGCCAGAGCCGCUGAGUUCCUCCAGCACGAUGUGUCUAUCUACGGCGUCAACCACCUGCAGUUCCUUGCUCUCCAGCGUAAACAAGCCGGGUUCUCACUGAGUACACACGCACACAAACACACUAAGUGAGACAUAAAGGUAAAGGGCAGCGGGGCGGAGAGACCGGCUGCCCCGCCUCUGUCUCUCAGUUCGCUGGUUAUUUUCUCGCCUCGCAGCAGAGACGUGAACCUCCACACACACACUCACCACCAAAGAUCGUCUUUGGUCACUACCACCCCAGUUCAGGUUGUGUCCACAUCAUGGCCAUGUCGGGGGAUAUUACGGAUCAGAUACAAAACGAUCUAUUAAACUGCAAGAUCUGCCUCAGUAGGUUCAUACAGCCCAAGAUGCUGCCUUGUGCCCACACCUACUGCCAGGGGUGCCUGGAGAAGAUGGUUAGGUCAGACCGGAAGGUGCAGUGCCCGGAGUGCAGGGAAGUGUUUGACGUGAGAGGUGGCGUCAGCAAACUCAAGACCAACUUUCACAUCAACAGUCUGAUGGAUAUCAUCAAGAGCAAGGAGAAUGAGAAGGUGGUCUGCAGUUGGUGCGCAACUACUGGUCGCCGUGAGACUCCCGCCGUGGCUCGGUGUAAAACCUGCCUCAAGUGCCUCUGCCCGCCUUGCAAGCUCACCCACGGGACUGCCAACCCACGCCACGUGCUGGAGGAUCUGCCCGGUCACAUCGCCGGCCCUUGCGAGGCAGAGACAAAGAUGCAGAAGAUGAUCUACUGCCAGGGCCACCCAGGAAACCUGGUGGACCAUCUCUGCAACACUUGCAACAGCGUGAUCUGCAGCAGUUGUUCCUCACACGCCCACGCCAGGCACUCGAAGGUGUCCCUGGCCAAGGCAGGGGCCACAGCUAGACCCACGGUGAUGAAUCUCAUGGAGAGACUGAAGACUGACACGCAGUCGCUGGUCCAACAGGAAGACGACAUCGUCCAGGCAAUGGAGGGGAUGAAGGCGACGGAAAGAUCUCUGAUGUCUAUGAUAGAGUCCACCCUGGCCGAGGUCAUAAACAACUUGAUAAAACAGGGCGACACCAUCAAGGAAACGCUCUCCAGUUACGUCAGGGAGCAGGAAGAAUUGUACAAGGUCGCGCGGGAUGAUAUUCAGCUCAAGAUCAAGAAGGCGAAGGACACCAGGGAAUUUUCCCAGGGGGUCCUGGGUUCCAGUAAAAUGAGGGAAAUAGUCUGCCUGCGGUCCGUCGUGGAAGAACAGAUCGAUGGACUCCAAGCACCGAGGGUCCCGGACGACAAGAAGACCCGCCCCAGCCUGACCGUCAACGAGUCGCUCAAGAGCAUGCUGUCUCAUUCCAACCUUUUCAGCAUCACCUUCGGUGAAGAAUCGGCCGCCAAGGCACUGGCCGCUCCAGCGAAAAGCAAGCCGCGCAAGAGCCCGACGAAAAGCCCACUGGCCUACACUCCCCACCCCCAACCCAGGCAGAGGACGUGGAAUCUACAUUGCUUCAACACGUUGCUGGGUGGUGAAUUGUGUGAUCCGAACCUGACGGGCGUCAGCGUCUCCAGCGACGGCAUCAUCGUGGUGGCAGACCAAGAAAAUUCCCUUCUGAAAUGCUUCACCGACGACGGGCACAUCACCGCGACCAUCUCACUGCCGGACGAUGACGAACCAUGCAGUGUUGCCAUCUUUGAUGGCACCAUCGCCUGCUCGUCUGGAAACCGGUUGUACAUGUUGGACAUGGACGGGACCAAGCAGAAGAAGCUCUUGCUCCGUGGCUCCGAAUCCAUCUACCACCUCGCCGCCUACAGGGAUGAAUACGUGGCGGUGAGCGAGGGCUCCAUGUGCUCCCUCUCCCUGUACGACAUCAACGGGAAGAUGGUCAAAAGAGUGAAGCCGUGCGGCUACGAGGGGGCGCGCUUCCUCUUCCUCGCCAUCAACAGCGACGAGCAGUUCAUCGUGGCCGACUACGGCAAGAAGUGCAUCCUGAUCUUCGACAGGGAUGGCUGCGUCUUCACCACCUGUAACCAGGUCACCAUGAACGGGAUGGGUCAGGCGAUCUGUCCCUACAGCAUCUGCACGGACAAAGACGACAAUAUUAUGGUCACCGAGUGGAACCGGAUCCUCUUGUUUUGGCCCAGCGGGAACUUCAGGGAGGAGCUGCUGACCGUCGCCAACGGCCUUCACAAACCACGCGUCAUCACCGUCGACAAUUGCAACAACCUGGUCGUCACCCAAGGCAACGGAUGCAUCACCGUGUACCAGCUGGACCUCUCUUAGUGCAUCGGUGACAGGAGCACAACUAAGCCACUCGGCCCAUCUAGUCCACUCCACGAUUCAGUCAUGGCUGAUCUCUCAUUCCCUCCCAACCCCCUUCUGCCUUCUCCCCAUCACCCCUGACACCCGUACUAAUCAGGAAUCUAUCUGCCUCUGCCUUGAAACUACCUAUUGGCGGCCUCCUGUGGCGCAGCGGGUAUGGAGUUUGCACGUUCUCCCUGCAACCACGAGGUUUUCCUCCCACAUCCCAAAGACGUGCGGGUUUGUAGGUUAAUCGGCCCUCUGUAGAUUGCCCCCAGUGUGUAGGGAGUGAAUGAGAAUUUAGGAUAACAUAGAACUAGUGAGAACAUGUGAUCGAUGGUCAGCGUGGACUCAGUGCUUUAAGUGACAUGGGCAGGCAUGUGGAUAUGCUGGAAAUUGAGGGAUAUGGGCCACGUACAGGUAAUUAGAUUAGUAUAUUUUGGCAUUAUAUAUUUCGGCCAUUAACCCUGUUUUCUGUGGCAAUUAAUUACACAGAUUCACCACCCUCUAAAUAAAGAAAUUCAUCCUCAUCCUUUUAUUCGGAGCCCGUGGCCUCUGGUCUUGGACUCCACCACUAGUGGAAAUGUCCUCUCCACAUACACUGAAUUCCGGCCUCCAGCGAGUACAGGCCAAGUGCCAUCAGACGCUCAUCAUACGUGAACCUAUUCAUUCCUGAGAUCAUUCUCGUAAUCCUCCUCUGGACCCUCUCCAACGCCUCCACAUCCAUCCACUGCUCACAAUACUCCAAAUGCGGCCCGACCCGCGCCUUCUAGAUUCUCAGCAUUACCUCAGAGUGGACCACCUUCUGAAGUUUCACGCAUGUGGCGCUGAGUAUGUCAGUGACUGUGCUAUGUUAGGGAGCGGUCCUUGACAUCCAGGCUGUAUUUUGAGUCGAGCUCAGAGCAGUCGACCUGUGCACAGGAUAUUUUUAAGGCAGAUUUUUAGAUCGACAGAUUCUCGAUUAGUACGGGUGUCGAGAAAGCAGGCGAAAGUGGAUGAGAGGGAAAGAUGAAUCAGCCUUGUUUGAACGGCGGAGCAGACUCGAUGGGCAGAAUAGCCAGCGCAGUGAUAGACUUGCUUCCCGACAGCGUCAGAGACCCAGGUUUGAUCCUGUCUAUGGGCGCUGUCUAUGGAGUUUGCAAGUUCUCCCCGUGAUCACGUGGGUUUUUUCCAGGUGCUCUGGUUUCCUCCAAAACUAAAGACGUACAGGGAGAAAAUAAUCGUCACUAGUGUGUAGGAUACUCCUACUGUACGGGGUGAUCGCUGGUCGGCACAGACUUGGUGGGCCGAAGGGCCAGUUUCCGCACUAUACCUCUGAGGUCUAAAAUUGUGUGGUCCAACAACAUGGAGAUGUUCUUUGGGUUCUGGGUUUGGUUAGAGGUGAGCAAGCUUCACUUUUUAUCAUGGUACAUCUGACGGUGUUUCUUUGCUGUCCACAUUUAGAUGCUGUAAUUGAUUCAUAUUCCACCAUCUGUUUGAAAGUGCGGCACAAUGACGCAGCUGUAAAGCUGCUAUCUGACAGCUCCAGAGACCCGGGUUCGGUCCCAACUGCGGAGCCGCCUAUGUGGAGUUUGUACCUUCUCCCUGUGACCGUGUGGGUUUUCUCCGGGUGCUCCCACAUCCCAAAGACGUACGGGUUUGUAGGCUAAUUGGCUGCUGUAUAUUGCCCCUAGAGUGUGGGACAUAGAUCUGGUGUCAACGGGUCGAUCGAUGGUCAACGCAGUCUCGGUGGGAUGACGGACCUGUUUCCAUGCUGUAUCUCCAAAUUCUAAAUAUCCCACCAUUGCACUAAAGAGCUGAGGGUUCAGCACAGGUAGUUUGGAUUUCACCAUGGGAUUGCUGGAGAGAUCAUUCAUAGGCAUUACUCAUCCAUUUAGGAUUCCUGUGGACCAACACUACCAACGAUAAUGAUGAGAUGUAAACAAAUGCACUCAUAUAAUACAAGUUUACUUCAGUAAGGAUCAUUGAGGAUAUAGGGAAAGCUUUUGAUUAUUAAAUCAAAUAAGCUUUGCAAAGAGAUGUAAAGCAGCUGCCUCACAGCGCCAGAGACCCGGGUUUGAUCCCGCUGACGGGUGCUGCCUGUGCGGAGUUUGCAUGUUCUCCCUUUGACCGCGUGGAUUUUCUGCCACAUUCUAAAGAUAUGCAGGGUUGUCGGUUAAUUGGCUUUUGUGAAUUAUAAGAUGCGAAACUGGGAUAACAUUGAACUCGAGUGGACGAGUAAUUGAUGGUCAGCGUGGACUUGAUGGGCUGAAGCGCCAGUUUGCACACUGUAUCUCUAAACUGAACGCAAUAUUAUGGACCAAGUCUUGGUUAAAGUCCACAUUGCACUAUGAUUAAGAGUCUCAACCCGAAAAGUCACCAAUUCCUUUUCUCCAGAGAUAUUGUCUGAGCCGCAGUUAUUCCAGCUUCUUGUGUCUCUCUUUGAUAUUUGAUUAGCUCUCAAGCAUGGCAGUUACCAAUUAAUCUAAUCUAUUUGUGAUUUAUGUUUAUAGUAUGAGUACAGGAGCUUAUCAAAAUGUCGUUUUCAUACAAGCUAAAAAAACUAAUCAUUCCAUUCGAUCCAAUCUCUUGUUUGCCUCAAUGUGCUCUUUCGUUGUUGUAAUUAGAAAAUUAAAUAAACUUUUAUGAAGUUCUUUAACAA